AUGGCCGGUCUGGGUAAAGUAGCAGAAGCGAUAGCUGAGCAUCCACUGCUGGCUAUAUCAUGGCCCAAGUUGUUGCUACUAGGGUGGCUGUCGUACCUAGUCACUCGCUCUAUCUAUCGAGCGUUUUUGAGUCCGAUAGCGCAUAUCCCCGGCCCAAAACUGGCUGCGGUGACACGAUGGUACGAGGCAUACUACGAGAUUGCGCUGAGCGGGCAGUAUUCGUUCCAUAUUAACAAGCUGCAUGACAAAUAUGGCCCGAUCAUUCGAGUUGCGCCGGAUGAGAUUCACAUCCGCGAUCCAACCUUUUACGAUGAAGUCUAUACAAAAAACCCUCGCGUCGAAAAGCCAGGAUGGGACGUGAAAUUCGGCAGUCCUGGGUCUGUCUUUACCACGAGCGAUGCGACGAUUCAUCGGCGUCGACGAGCGACCCUAAAUCCUAUGUUCUCGCGUCGCUCUAUUCUCUCUCUCGAACAACUUAUCCGGCAACAAACUGAAGUACUUUGCAAACGGAUAGCAGAAUAUAGAGCUACCAAAGAGCCUCUAUCGGUAACCGAGAUGCUGCCCGCUUUCACUGGCGACAUUAUCAUGGAAUAUGCGUUUGGGUUCAGUUACAAGCAGCUCCAGUCGCCGACAUUUGAAUCCUUUCAUGAAGCGUUUAUGGCGAUCGGAAGCUCGGCGCAUGUCGCCUCUUUCUUUCCGUGGGCUAUUGCUAUAAUGAAUUUGCUGCCGGAUAAGUGGGUGGAAAGAAUCCAACCACCCAUGGCAAGUCUACUUCGCCUUAAGAAGGACCAAUGGUCCAUAAUUGGGCGCAAGAUUCGCGAAAAUGCAGAACACGGUCAAGAGACGGAGAAAACAGAAGAAGAAACCUCCAAGAAAACGGCAAACACGACGAUUUUCUCCGAGAUUCUUUCUUCGAAAACUCUCCCUGCGAGCGACAAGUCGCAGCAACGUCUUGCCGACGAAGCGCAGCUCCUGGUCGCCGCGGGCGUUGAGACCACUGCGUUUGCGUUGAGCGUGGGUAUAUACCAUAUCGUCAACACACCACACAUUCGUCGACUACUCCAGGAUGAGUUAUUCGCUGCUUUCCCGCUAGGAUACAGGACUAUGCCGUCAUUGCACGAGUUCGAGAAAUUGCCGUAUUUGAGAGCAUGUAUUCAAGAAUCUCUCCGAUUAUCGUACGGCAUAUCUGCGCGGAAUCCACGACGACAUCCGGAUCGAAUUCUAAAGUAUGAGAAUAACGGCAAGGUAUACACUAUUCCAAAGAAUACCAAGGUCAGCAUGACCAUUGUGGAUGUGCAUCACGACGAAAGUAUAUUUCCGGAUUCAUUUCGCUUUGCGCCUGAACGAUGGCUCCAGGAGCCCAAGGCACCGGAUGGGAGGCCCCUUGAACAGUAUUUAGUGUCGUUUGGAAAGGGGACGAGGAUCUGUUUGGGCUUGAAUCUCGCAUGGACCGAGCUCUACUUUGCAAUGGGAAUGAUGUUUAGACGAUUCGACUUUGAAUUACACGAGACCGAUGAAAGUGAUUCAUAG